AUGGGCAGUUAUUGUACUUAUUAUAACUGUCUCAGCGACGACUUUAUAAUUAAUGUGCAUAAAAGGCAGCAAAGUAAAAAUAUUCCAUAUACUAUAACCGAAACAAAUUUUUGUCGGAUGAUGAAAACCGAAUUUGAAUGUACAAAAUGUUGUAUUUGUUAUAAGGAUGAUUGUAAUAAAGACUUUAAAGAAUGUGAAGGUCACGGGACAAAAGCUCAACGAGGAUUUAAAAUAAAGCCUAAUCAAAGCCCAAAUAAAAAACCUAUUUUAAAAACAAAAUAUCCAAUCACAACAACUACAACUGCAAUUACUACAACCUCAACUACAACAAAAGCUAAAACAAUUAAAGAGAGUGAGACAACAAAGGGUAAUAAAAUUUUUAAAAUUUUGGUUAAAAUAAAAGAACUGCAACCAGGCCAGAUUUCAUGUCAAUAA